AAGAAUUGAAAACUGAAGGGGACCAGAAAAGGUUCAACUUGUAGGAAGUAGGAACUUGAAAGAUUCCAUUUUUCUUCUCUCUCUCUCUCUCUCUCUCUCUCUGGCUCAAGUUAGAUGCCAACUAUAGUGAUAUUCAUACAAUUAAUGCUCCAAAUCAUCCUUUCCAUAAACGAACCAAUUCGACACUCAAACGUAAAUGAGGAGAAAAUCAAGAAUCCCACCAUAUAUUUUACUACCUUUUUUUAUAAAAGUUCUAUUUUCAUUAACCAUUACUGCUGCUUUAAACAGAAACUUCAAAUCCAACCAAAUUUACGUUCCCCUAACCCUACUCCAUCCUUGCUUUUAAAAUUCCAAACUUUGUUUCCUUCGCUUCUCCGCUUGCUCUUCUCCUUCUCAGACAUUCUUCGACAUGGGUCUUUGGUCUGGUAGCUCAUCUCUUCUGACUGGGUUGAGUCUUCUUCUCUUGGUGUUGGUUUCUCUUCUCCACCAAGUGAAUGGAGAGAAUAUCAAUAACACGAACAGAUUACAAAAGGUUGGAUGUGAUUUGUUCCAGGGGAGUUGGGUUUAUGAUGAUUCAUAUCCGCUCUACAAUUCCUCGGGCUGUCCUUUCAUCGAGAAAGAAUUCGACUGCCAAGGUAACGGCCGGCCGGACAAACUCUACCUCAAAUACAGAUGGAAGCCCACUACGUGCGACGUGCCCAGGUUUGAUGGCCAGGAUUUCCUAAGGAGAUAUCAAGGGAAAAGCAUCAUGUUUGUUGGGGACUCCCUCAGUCUGAAUCAGUGGCAGUCACUCACAUGCAUGCUACACAAAUCAGUACCCAAGUCCAACUAUACUCUAGUAAGAACAGAGGGCCUCUCCACAUUCACUUUCCUGGAGUACAAUGUGAAGGUGAUGCUGUUUCGGAAUGCAUUUCUGGUGGACAUUGUGGGAGAAAAGAUUGGGAGAGUUCUGAAACUCGACUCCAUCGAGAGCAGCAAAUCCUGGGAAGGAAUUGAUACAUUGAUCUUCAACACAUGGCACUGGUGGCUUCACACUGGAAGAAAACAACCAUGGGACUUGAUUCAAGAUGGAGGUGUAAUGUACAAAGACAUGGAUCGCUUGGUUGCCUUCGAGAAAGCACUCACAACAUGGGCUGAAUGGGUAGACUCCGAAGUUGAUCCAACAAAGACUGAUGUCUUUUUCCAGGGGAUAUCUCCAGAUCAUAUGGAUGGGCGCGGUUGGAAUGAACCAGAGACAACCAAUUGCAAUGGACAAACGCAACCAGUUUUAGGAUCAAAUUAUCCAGGAGGUCGGCAUCCGGCAGCAAUUGUGGUGGAGAGGGUGUUGAGUAAGAUGUCAAAACCAGUCUAUUUGCUAAAUGUGACCACACUUUCGCAGCUGAGGAAGGAUGGGCACCCGUCAGUUUAUGGUCAUGGUGGCCACCGGGACAUGGAUUGCAGCCAUUGGUGUCUGCCUGGUGUUCCUGAUACUUGGAACCUGCUCUUCUAUGCUGAUCUCAUUCAGAAGUGAUGCUCUGUUUUAUGAAAAGAGCAACCUUCAUUUGAAAACAAAAAUUAUUCAUUUUUAUAUUUAUCCCAUUGGAAAUUUCAAAUAUAUAAUACAACUUUAAAUAAAGGGGAGGUUUAAUUAUAUUUUCAGAUGAUUUAUGUGCUUGAUUGCAGAUGUAACAUAUUUAUGUAGCAAAAGAAAAAAAAAAAUAAACACUAAAUUUCUACCUCCAUAUAUAUUUAUUUGUUUCCAGUACAAUUUAGUGCAAAUUCAUAAGAGUUAUGUA